UGGACAAAAGAAGUGCCAGUCAGCACACGCUCACCCUACUGCAUAACCAAAAUGUUGAAGCCAAGGAACUAUAAAAUGGGGGCAAAAUGGAGAAAGAGAAAGAAACAGCGACGAGAAAAAGACGCAAAGACAAACAAACCGGUGGCAAAACAAGAGAGAUGGCUCGCAGAAAGACUAGUGGAAGCAAACUCCUCAUGACGGUGUUGUAUAUGGUGGCAGCGUGCAGUGCCAUCCCCAUCAGUGACCUGCUGGACCGAGCCUCUCAGCGCUCUGACACACUGCACUCCCUCAGCACAACACUGACCCAGGAGCUGAUGGGCCCAGCGGCUCAGACCAUCUCCUUACUACCCUACAGAGGAGGCAAUGACAUCGGCCAGGACAAGAUUUCCAAAUUGACCAACUUCCAUUUCCUGUUGUCCUGCUUCCGCCGGGACUCGCACAAGAUUGACAGCUUCCUGAAAGUCCUCCGCUGUCGGGCGGCUAAAAUGCUACCUGAGAUGUGCUGAAGAGUGAGGCAGCCAGCUUGACUCUGAGGGGAGAUUUUUGACAAAGGAAAAUAUUCCCUAAAACAGGUUUAUACAUUCCAGGUAGGUGGGGGAGCAGCACAAUGAACCUAAAGCUCAUACACUUCCCCGUAUGUUUCCAGCUGGACAAUAUUGUGGUGACAAACUGAGGUAAAUCUGUGAGUUACUUCUCCUGUGACACUUCCUUGUCCUUGACACCCUCAAAGCCAAGCUGCCAAAGGAGCUUUGUGGAAAGCAGGUUGUGACAUAUGAAAUCCCUCCACUCUUCAAGUAAUUUGUCACACUGGGAUGCAAGACUUCAACGGAGAUGUGUGAUGACAAACUGCAGCAUUUGCACUUUAGAUUUUAAGACACCCCUUGACAGCAUUUUGAUAUAAAAUCUGUACAUCAAUAAAAGAGUAUCUCUUGCACA